CCGAGAUCCGCAGUUGUUUUGCCAAUUCGCAUUUCCCACGCGAACUGACUUGAGAGUGAACGUCCAAGUACGAGUAGCGCACAUCACGCUUGGCCCUGACAUUGCGUUGCCUCAGCAUUAAAAUAAGACAAAUCAGUUGCAUUCGAACUAACAACUCCCUAAAGAUGGCGUGGUAUAAUGCGGCAAUUGCAAUGUCUGUCUCGUUUUUUUUUUAUUUUGUAUAACAAUUUGUGAACAAACUGUGAUAAAAGAAUGGCUGAGUCAGGUAUUGAUAUAGGAUAUGAUCUAUCUGCACUCCUCUCUGAGGAUUUUGAUAUUGAAAGUGCUAUUGAUUUCGAUGAUCUUUUGGGAACUCCGAAAAAUCAGGAAUUUUAUGAACUUACAUCUAAAACAAUGCCUAUUAUGGAGAGCACUCCAAACUUAAAAACGACUAAUCCGGUGUCAAGAACACAAUUGAAGCUACAGUUAAUGAGGGAUCACGCCAUUCUACAGCAACAACGACAAAAUCAACAAAAAACUCAACGCCAACCACCUCAUCCUCAACACCAACCCAUACAAUCUAAUCAUGUAGUCUCUAGUCCUAUUAAUAAUAAUAGCAAUAUACAAAACCAUAAUAUUCCUGAAAAUCACAUAAAAGUUCCCUUAAACAGUAUAGCAGAAGUACCUCCUCAAGUUUUACAAGUUCAAACCAAAUUAGCAAAUCCCACAAAGUACCAUGUUAUGCAAAAACAGAAAAACCAAGUGAAACAGUAUUUGAGUGAAUCAUUUCAAGUACCUAGUGCCGCGCUUUCGAAUCAUAGAUUAAAUCAAACUCAUAGUGCUCCAACUUGCGGUGCUAAUACUAACGGAUAUAGCAAUAUUAAUAAUAUUUCAAAUUCUCAAGGAUAUUAUCCACAAGGACAAGUUUCGCCAAAUUAUGAUGUUCCUGCUAUGUCUCCUGCUUUGAGUUCUGGUGCUACCAGUUGUACUUCCGAGGCUGAAGAUUUAUUAGAUGACUUAUUAUCACUAGAAUCCAGUUCUCUGGCAUCCGAUGGCUUUAAAACGGAUAAUUCCUUUACAGGAAGUGAUCUCAAUAUUAAGAAUGAACCUUAUCCACUCAGUGACGCCGAAUUACAUGCUCUCGCCAAAGAUCGUCAAAAGAAAGAUAACCACAACAUGAUUGAACGUAGAAGGAGAUUUAAUAUUAACGACAGAAUAAAAGAACUUGGUACGCUUCUGCCGAAAAAUAAUGAUCCUUAUUAUGAAAUCGUCCGAGAUGUCCGUCCAAAUAAAGGAACUAUCCUUAAAUCUUCCGUGGAAUACAUUAAGUGUCUGAAAAAUGAGGUUUACAGGCUGAAGCAACAAGAAGCUAGACAAAAACAGAUGGAAUCGAUGAACAGAAGACUUCAGUUGCGAGUACAGGAACUAGAGAGGCAAGCAAAAUCUCAUGGUCUUCCAGUAUCUGACUUCAAUUGGCAGAAUAUGCCGGUAACCUCACCACCACCAUACAAUUCAUAUAGUAACCAACAAAACCAGUCCUCAGUUGUUUCAUUACUACCUCCAAUCGUGUUACCAGAUCCUUGUCGAAAGGUGAGUCAACAUUAUUUUGCAGAAGAAUUGGAAUCAACGGAUUUUUUUGAAUCGCAGAAGUUGGAAGAAUUGAAAAUGCCAGAUGUGAUAUCUGAUGCACUUUCCGAGGCCUCUUUGAAUCUGUCCGCUAUGGAAGAAGGAAUGGACGAUGAUGACCUUGUGUAUGGUGUAAAUGGAGAUCCAAUGUUGUCGUCACCUCAUGCCUUACAGGCAGAUGCUUUACUCGCUUCACCUGCGCAUCCUAGUUCUGGAGAUCCUCUCCUUUGCGAACAGCGUCUUCCAACUCCUACACCUACGAGUCACAUCGAUCAAGAUGUAGAUACAUUGGAUAUGGAUAUGAUUGCAUAGUGAACUGGACAAUGUUAUAGACUAUAGAUUAUAGUUUCUGGUCAGGUGAAAACGUAUAUAUUAGACUCCUGAAUAAUUUUUUAUAGAUAGUUAUAUAUUUAUGAGUUAUUGCUAAAACUGUUCCAUUUUAAAAACAAAUUUGAAUGCAUGUUUUCGUUACAAAGUUAAAAGUUGGCAAGAGAACUUAAUAAAAUUAUAUUUUCAAUAAUUCAUAUGAACGUUUUUGAAACGACUUUAAAAUAUAAAACUAAGUAUAUUUAUUUGCGAAUACUGUGUUGCGUUUCCAAAAUAUUGAAUUAUUUUAGUAUCGUGUAUUUGCAAUUUGGAUUUAGUAUGUGUUAAACAAUUACAUAGAAAGUUCACUAAUAGUAGAAAUGACUAUGAAAAAGGUUUCAAAUCAUAUGAAACAAAUAUUUGUCAGACACCAUUUAAAAGUUUCAAAAAUAAAACCUACUUACAAGAAAAUAUGAUAAUUCGAAGACGUCAAAAAUAAUACAAAUAAAAUAUAUAAUCGUAACUGGGCAUCGAAAUGUGACAAAAAUUUGUACAUUUAGAGCUUUAUCAAAUAAAAUUAUUGCUAUAGCAAUGAUCGUAAGCCACACUUUCCAAGAAAAAUUUUAUAAUCAUUUUCUAAGUGGGAAUCUGGCGAAGCUAAACAUCAAAGUGUACUAACUCUAAUGUAUUCCGAGCUAUCGAAUACUUAUGUAUUCAUCAUCUGGGAAUCAAUUACUUUAGAUUGGCAGUGUGAUAAAUUUUCUAAUAUAUUUUAAGAAAACAUUAGAUUUAUCGACUUCAAAAUAUAAUAUUUAAAUUACCUACAAAUAUCUACCGCACAUAAACUGUCAUUUUUAUGCUUACAUAGAGAUACAGGAAGAAUGAAACAUUUCUCUUGAUAUCGUUUGACAGGUAACAAAACGUUUAAUGCAAUUCUAGACGUGAUACGUCUUGAACUAGCAAGAGCACAUUAAGCUGAGGUGAUUGAGUGAUGUUUGAUGUUGUACUUGCAACAUUAUUUGGUUUGUUGUUAUUUUCGUUGCAAUUUAAGCUAGAAAUCUAGUUACUGCUAAUUUAAUAAUUAACCAAUUGUUAGUCGAAUCAGCCGAUUAAUUGGAGCACUUAUGCAAAUCUACUUAUUCGUCAUCUAUGGUAAAUGUAAACCUCUUGAUUCGUGAUUUUGUUUGCACUCUGCACUUGCCAGACAGCAGAAGAAGGAGUUAGGUUUGAUUAAUGGCAGCAACAAUCAAGAGUGAAAUAUUUGGAUCUUUCCAGAAAUUGUAUUUAUUAUAAGUUGUCUCGAUCCAUGUAAAGCAGCCUUUAAAACUUCGUUGUAUAAUGUUAGUGGAAUCCUAAACUGAAAUAACAUCAGAGAAUUAUACGCUUAGUAUAGAAGAAAAAUAGUAAAUUAAAACAUAUUAACGCACAGUGCACGUGAUCAGAGUUGAAAACGCCAAAGCCUUGCAUGUAACAGGACCGCAUUUAAGAAAUAAUUUGGUUUCAUACAGCAGAUUAAUAAUAUAAAUUAUAAUUUAUAUUAUAUUAUAUUAUAUAUAUAUAUAUAUAUAUAUAUAUAUAUACACAUAUAUUUAUUUAUUUAUAAAUUAUAAUUAUCCGUAAGUUUGGAAUAGAUACAAAGUAGACGGCCAAAAUGUGGAACACACUUUUUUAAAAAGUUAAAAAUAUUGUGUAUUGAAACAUCAAAAAAAAAUAAACAUAUUUUCUUAUUCCACAACAGAUGGCAUUGAGCUUCCAAUGUCAUCAACAUUUAUUAUAAGGGGCUCAACUUGCAAAUCAAUUACAAUGUCUAUACUCCACAUUUUGGUUUCAACCUUUUCCUGGUCAUGUUGAACACACUUUUUGAACUUAUCAAUAUUAAAAACUUUUCUAACUUCAGAAAAUUUAAAUGUUGUAUUUUCUGCUGCAACAUAUUGUUUCACAUCUGCCCAUAUCGACUCAAUGGGAUUGAGUUCACAAUGGUAGGGCGGUAAUUGUAAAAUGGUUUUAUUUUGAUUUUUGGCUAUUUCAUCAAUAAUGUUAUACUUAUUUUUAUGCUCUUUGACAAAUUCUAAAAGCUAUGCCUUAACCAUCAUUUCAUCAAAAUCGAUAUUUUUAGAAGUAAAUCAAAAUCGAUAUUCUUGAAUACCUGCUAUCCUUGUAGCAGUUGUUAAAAUUUUCCUUAUCUUCGUUAACUACUCUCAGAACUUUGUUCACUGUAAACCCAUUUGAAAGAAAAAAUUCUGCACAAUUCUCUUGAUGGCGCUCCUGUCGAAAUCAUCAAUGGAAUUGAUAAUUUUUUUCUUGAAUGGAUACUUUUUUGGGUUUUCCACUGAAUGAUUAGCUCUGUACUCACGAGCGAUUCGAUACAGUCUUGAAGAAGAUACUCCCGAAAUAUAUGAUGUUUUGGAAAUUACGUCAUCAGCAGACUUCUCAUCAUAUUCUUUCUAAUCGUUCCAUUCCUAUAAAAAUUCACAAUCAUUUGUUUUCGAUAGCGUUAUAAUGAAUCUUUUUAACUCUUUUUUUAGGCGGAGUAUAUCUAAUGACAACAACUUCAUCAUCUGUAUCCGUGUCAGACAUGUUAAAGGAAAUUAUGCAACAGACCGUCCUUGUACUACAUAUGAUCUAUCGGCUUUUGCAGCAAUGCGGUACUGGCCCCUAACACGCGGAUUUUUAUAUGUGGUAUAUAACGGUUCCUCUAAUUUAGACCAUUAACGAUGCUGCGCCGCGUUUCGCCCGUGAUAUUCACGUGAUGAUCAUGCACUGAUCAUUGUUUUGUUUCACUAUUUUUCUUUGAUAAAUAGUGUACCCAUUAUUCAUAUUAUAAUCACAGAAUAUUUUUCUUAUAAUAUACACAAUAAACAACAAAAAUAAGCAGAUGCCACGAUUUGUAAAAUCAUUAAAGUUAACAGCUCAUAAUAUCGAAGACAACGACCCUGGAAGGAUCUUUUAUUAUUAUAUUACUAUGAAUAAAUGUAUUAUUGAUCCUAUCACGCCUUUAUUGGUGAUCUUAAAAAAAAUUUACCACGAAAACUCCCCAUCAAAUGACGUGAGACCUAGUAACCACUAAAAGAGUUUUACAGCCCCUUUAAUAAAGGAAAUAGGUGAGUUAUUGUGAAUCAAUAAAUAAACUUGUUGCUGUGGUGGCACACCUGAGUAGUAAUUAAAAACAAAGUGAAUGGAGAUUGUAUUGUAAUCGUCUAAAAUAAUAAAUGAAUAAUUUAAUAAAAAUAUAUAACGAUAGCUUUUGUUGUGAUCAUCGUAUCAAACAUUCCCAAUGUAUUCAAUAAUUACUCGAAAUGAAAAAAUAAACAUAUGAGACAAUGUACAAAGAUUUGAUUUCACAAACUUAUCAAGAUCAACUAAAUACAGGUGAAAGUUUAAAGUAACUUUGUUACUUCAAUUGGCAAUUUAAAAAAAAUUUCUAUUUAUUAUGAAUAUUUGAACAGUUUUGGUGGAUUAACUUAAAAACAAAUACAAAUUAAAUAAAUUCAAAAAUCAAUGUUUCUACAUGUUCUGGAGGCUAAUAUAUAAGAAUGUGGAUUGCGAAGUAUCCCCUAUGGUGUUCUGUUUUUCAUUUGUCCAAACAUUUUAGUCUCUUCUUUUUAGUAGCAUUUUUAGAAUACAUAAAAAGGUAUUAUGUAUGUCUGUCGAACAGUAAUCACAAUGCUGAUUGGAUAAAUAGGUUCAACCUCAACUUAUACACACAGGGUGUUUCAGCUUUAAAUAUCAUACCUAAUAAUGCAAUAAUUAAUUUCACUGUGUUAUGAAUAUAUUAUAUUGAUUAUAGAUUAUAUUUUAUUCAACUGAAAUACCCUGUAUCUUAUUAAAGAGCGCUAUUAACAUCACCAGUUUUGAUAUUUUGCUAAUUUUAUUCAAACUAUUAUGUAGUAAAACUACGAAAUAAAAAGCAUAACCACAUAUCAUCAAUUAAAUUUUCCAUUUUGUAUAUUAUUCGUUUUUUUUUUAGUUGUGAAAUUAAAGAAAAUCCAAAUCGACGACCCGCAAAUUGUAUUAACAUAAGUGUGAUUUUUUUAUAUUUAUUAUAUUGCUAUUAAUUAAGAAUUAAUGUUUAUAAAGAGUUAGUAAUUUUUACGAUCAACAACAUAUUUGAAACUCGACAGCGCUGGAACAGAUAUUUUCAGAAUAGCGCUCUAAUUUCAAAAUUGUUCCAUAAUAAUACCUACAAAAGAAUCCAAAAUUAACUUGAAAAAAGUUUGCCGUACAUUUUCCAUAAAUGUUGUUAGCCAUUGUGAAUAACCUAUACCAGUACUUUUUUAGAGACAAGUAGCUCGGAACUGGAUAAUUACUUUUCAGUCUUGAUUUAUGUUAUAUCGUGCUUAGAAUUUUAAAUAUUUAACUACAUUUUUUGUUUUUACUUUUGUUAUAUGGCCAUAUGUUGUUAAGAUGUUCAAUGUAACAAUUUCUAAUAGAAAAAUUUUACGGAAAUUAACUGUUCAGUUCUGUUAGAUGUAUUGAUGAAUUUUAAUAUAUAUAUAUAUAUAUAUAUAAAUUAGAAACGCAAUAAGAUUCAUUUUGAUAGUGAAGAUAUACUCUACAAGUCAUUGAAAUUCUUGUAAAUCUAAACAAGAAGUUAGGCUGCUACUUUGUACUUUAUUAUAUCAGUAAUGUUGUUAAGGUAACUUAAAUAAAGUGCGUUUUUAGCUCAAAUUUUAUAGAUUCAAUCUAUUAUUAUUAGUUUAAAAAAGCCAAAUGUUGUAUUUAAAAAAUUUUUACGUUAUGUGAUUGGGCUUGUAAUAUGAAGACCACUGUUAUUCUGUUUUAGAAUUUUAAAUAUUG